AUGAGGGAGUGGGUGGUGGCUUGCUUGAAGCGCCCUCCCCACAGUGCCACCUCGGGGGGCCGGUGCUCUCAACACAGCCCCUCAGCCCAGCCUCUUCCAGGUUGGGCCUUGCAGAGCGAAGUUCUGAUGCGAGAGGCAGGCACCUGCUUCCUGCUCUGCGCCUGUGUCUGCGCCUGGCUCGGCCUGGGGGUCCCUGUCCUGGGGGACAGAGGAGGGCCAGGGCCUGGGGCUUUCACCUGCCACAAUAACAACGUCCUCAGGAUUGAAUGCCGCUGGCCUGGCCCAGCGCCGGGCCAGGGGGUCGGCUCCUGGCUGCUCUUCACCAGCAACGUUGUGCCGGGCAGCAAGCACAAGUGUGUCUUCUGGGCUGACGUGUGCACCGUGGAGCUGCCGCCUGAGGAGGUCCUCGUGCCUGCUGACAACUUCACCAUCACCUUCCACCGCCACAUCUCCGGGAAGGAGCAGGUCAGCCUGGUGGAUCCACAGUAUCUGCCCCGGAGACACGUGAAGCUGGACCCCCCCUCGGACUUGCAGAGCAACGUCAGCUCUGAGCACUGUGUCCUGACCUGGAGCGUCAAUCCUGCUCUGGAGCCACUAGCCAUGCUCCUCAGCUAUGAGCUGGCCUUCAAGAGGCAGGAGGAAGCCUGGGAGUGGGCUCGGCACAAGGAUCACAUCGUUGGGGUGACCUGGCUCAAACUUGAAGCCGCCGAGCUGGACUCCGGUUCUGCCUAUGAGGCCCGGCUGCGUGUCCAGAUGGCCGCCCUGGAGGGCGAGGUGGCGGAGGAGGAGCGAUACGAGGGCGUGUGGAGUGACUGGAGCGAGCCUGCCUGCUUUGCUGCCCCCCGCAGACGAGGUCGCCUGGUCCCUUCUCUGGGGCAAUCCAAUAGCACCCUGGUCGCCGUGUCCCUCUUCCUCCUGCUGAGCAGCCUGACCUACUUACUGUUCAAACUGUCGCCCAGGAUGAAGACAGCCUUGUACCAGGAUGUGCCAUCCCCAGGCCCAUUCUUCCAGCCUCUGUACAGCGUGCACAACGGGGACUUCCAGACCUGGAUAGGGGCCCGCGGAGCCAGCCCCCAGGCAGGCCGGGACCGUGCUGGCCCCACACGAGGAGCCCUCCUGGAAGCCCGUGUCCGGGAGGCCGUCGCUUUGCUGCGCUGUGACCCAGCAGACGCCUGGCCGUCGGCGGGCCUGGAGGAGGAGGGCGGCUCUGGGCCUGGCCUCCCGGCAGGUGUGCUGCCAGCAGGACGCGUGGAGUGGGGGGAGCCGUCGCCCGCCUACCUGCCGCAGGAGGACUGGGCCCCUGCGGGCUGCCCCCAGCCGGUGCCUCCCCAGUGCGAGGGCAGCAGUGGCGACUACUGCGCCCUGGACUGCUCUGCGGGGAGCUGA